AUGGCGCCGCGGUGGUGCUUCGCGUUGCUCCUGCUGCUGUGUGCGGCGGCCAGGGCGCGGGCGGGGGCCGACGCCUCGAAGGGGAAGUGGGACCCGGUGAUCCGGAUGCCGGGGGAGGAGGAGCCCGCCACGGGCGACGAGAGUUCCGAGGAGGAGGACGGCGUCGGGACGAGGUGGGCGGUGCUCGUCGCCGGAUCCUCCGGCUACGGAAACUACAGGCACCAGGCCGAUAUAUGCCAUGCCUACCAGAUAUUGAGAAAAGGGGGCGUAAAGGAGGAGAACAUCGUGGUUUUUAUGUAUGAUGACAUUGCCAACAACCCUCUCAACCCGAGGCCAGGGGUUAUCAUCAACCACCCAGAGGGCGAAGAUGUAUAUGCUGGCGUUCCAAAGGACUACACUGGAGAGGCAGUUACUGCUAAGAACUUCUAUGCAGUUCUCUUGGGCAAUAAAACUGCGGUCACUGGAGGGAGUAAGAAGGUCAUAGACAGCAAACCAAAUGACCAUAUAUUUAUCUACUACUCAGAUCACGGGGGUCCUGGAGUCCUUGGUAUGCCCAACCUGCCAUAUCUGUAUGCUGCUGAUUUUAUCAAGGUCUUGCAAGAAAAACAUGCAUCCAAUACCUAUGCAAAAAUGGUUAUAUAUGUGGAAGCUUGUGAAAGUGGCAGUAUUUUUGAGGGUUUGAUGCCUGCAGACCUCAAUAUUUAUGUCACAACAGCAUCAAAUGCAGAAGAAAGCAGCUGGGGUACAUACUGCCCAGGAAUGGAACCAUCGCCUCCUUCUGAAUAUAUUACCUGCUUAGGUGAUCUCUACAGUAUUUCUUGGAUGGAAGACAGUGAGACUAAUAAUCUGAAGGAGGAGACAAUCAAGAAGCAGUACGAAGUGGUAAAGAAGCGAACCUCAGACAUGAACAGAUAUAGUGCCGGUUCGCAUGUUAUGGAGUAUGGCGACAAGACCUUCAAGGAUGAGAAGCUUUACCUUUAUCAAGGUUUCAAUCCUGCAAACACCAACAUUACAAACAAGCUAUUUUUGCAAGCCCCAAAGGCUGCAAUCAACCAAAGAGACGCAGAUCUUCUUUUCUUGUGGAGGAGGUAUGAGCUGCUACAUGAAAAGUCGAAAGAGAAGACGAACGUUCUGAGGGAGAUCAGUGAGACAGUCACCCACAGGAAGCAUCUUGACAGCAGCAUCGAUUUUAUUGGGAAGCUUCUAUUUGGCUACGAGAAUGGACCUUCGGUGCUUCAAGCUGUCAGACCUUCUGGGAAGCCUCUAGUGGACGACUGGGAUUGCCUGAAGAGGAUGGUGCGGAUCUUUGAGUCUCAUUGCGGAUCGCUCACUCAGUACGGUAUGAAGCACAUGCGAGCUUUCGCAAAUAUAUGCAACAAUGGGAUUUCUGGCACAACGAUGAAGGAAGCAAGCAUCGGGGCUUGCGGCGUUCAGAACUCCGCGAGAUGGAGCAGCUUGAUCCAAGGGUACAGCGCUUGA